GCCUCUUUGCGACAACAAGGUGGGUCCAUGCUUGGUGGCCAUCGGAAAUUGCAAAGUGUCAAGCACUCCUCCUAGCUAUAAAGCUUGCGAAGCGAAUUCACCAUCUUCUACUCCCAACAAGGCAACACUGCAAUUCGCAGAAGAAACUGAGACACUAGUCCAAGAAGUAUAAAGUUUUCCAAUCAAAAUCAGGAGAGAGAAAAACAAGCAGUAGCAAUGGAGGAAGAAGACAUAGAAAAAGCAGUGAUUGCGUAUCUGAAGAAGAAAGGUUUCAAGCAAACUGAGCUCGCUUUUCAAGAAGAACACCAACUUCAGCAACAGCAACAACCACAACCACAACAAUCGAAAAAUUCGUCUUCUAAUUCGCAAACUGAUCCAGAUAUCGUCAAACUCAUCCUCUCAUUUACUUCUGAGUCAGAGCGCCUUCCAGCACAAUAUCAUGAUGGGUACAGCAAGCUAAGAUCAUGGGCUUAUAAUUCACUGGAUUUAUACAAGCAUGAAUUGCUUCGAGUACUUUAUCCAGUAUAUAUUCAUUGCUUCAUGGAUCUUGUUGCAAAGGGCCAUCUACAAGAAGCAAGGAGUUUUUUCAAUAACUUCCGUGAAGAUCAUGAAACUAUGCAUCAAAGAGACCUACAGAAGCUCGAAGGAGUUCUCUCACCGUCUCAUUUGGAGGAGAUGGAGUUUGCCCACACUUUAAGGCAGAGCAAAGUGAACAUCAAGAUCUGUCAGUACUCUUAUGAGCUUCUCCUUCAGUAUUUACAUAACACUCAGUCUAUUACAAUGCUUGGAGUUGUAAAUGAGCAUAUCAAUUUCCAAGUUUGUCCUGGUCAGCCUGGUAUAAUAUCUGAUGAUGCUGAUGCUGUGACACUGGUUAGUGGUGGCCAAGAUGCAGCAAACCUGAUAAACCAGAAAGAAAUCCAGUGGGGGAUGCUGGAAGAUUCAAUAGAGGAUCGCUUGGAGAAGGGUGGAGGUUCACUGUUAGAUUCUGAUAAAGUAGAUGGGGAAAACAAGGAAGUGGAGAAUGAAGAAAAUAAGAAACGAUCCACUGAUGGAGGAAAGCAAGGUGCACCAGUUAAAAAAUCCAAGAAGGAUAAAGUUGGAGGUGCCGGUGGAAAAACUGCACGUCCGGAAGCCAACACUCCUAUGGCACCGAAAGUCAAACCAGAGCUUUCUUUGCCCAUAAUGCCAACUGAAGUUGAGCAUUCUAUCCUGGAAGACCUCCGGAAUCGCGUGCAGUUAAGUAGUGUGGCCCUGCCAUCAGUAAGCUUCUACACGUUUAUCAAUACACACAAUGGUUUGAACUGUGCAUCAAUAUCACAUGAUGGAUCCUUGGUUGCUGGUGGUUUUUCAGACUCUUCAUUAAAGGUCUGGGACAUGUCAAAACUUGGGCAACAAAUGGGCAAUUCUGCUCUACAGGGUGAAAAAGAUCCAGCUGGAAAUGAACAUAUGUCUGGUACAAAUGGUGGGAAGAGACCCUAUACUUUGUUUCAGGGUCAUUCUGGGCCGGUUUAUUCAGCCUCAUUUAGCCCUCUUGGGGACUUUAUCCUCUCUUCUUCAGCAGAUUCAACAGUGCGGCUUUGGAGCACGAAACUAAAUGCCAAUCUUGUGUGCUACAAAGGUCAUAAUUAUCCUGUAUGGGAUGUGCAGUUCAGUCCCUAUGGACAUUAUUUUGCCAGUUGUUCCCAUGAUAGAACAGCGAGGGUCUGGUCCAUGGACAGAAUACAGCCUUUGAGAAUCAUGGCCGGACAUUUGUCAGAUGUUGACUGUGUCCGGUGGCAUGUAAACUGUAAUUACAUAGCCACUGGAUCUAGUGAUAAAACAGUUCGAUUAUGGGACAUUCAGACUGGCGAAUGUGUCAGGAUAUUCAUUGGUCACAGGAGUAUGAUAUUGUCUUUGGCUAUGUCACCUGAUGGUCGGUAUAUGGCAUCUGGUGAUGAGGAUGGUGCGAUUAUGAUGUGGGAUCUUGCUAGUGGUCGAUGCAUUACCCCUCUUGUGGGUCACACGUCAUGUGUCUGGACACUUGCUUUCAGCGGCGAAGGCUCACUUCUUGCCUCUGGAUCAGCUGACUGCACAGUUAAAUUGUGGGAUGUCAAUGCAAGUGCAAAGAUGUCGAGAUCAGAGGAAAAAACUGGGAGCUCAAACAGACUCAGAUCGUUGAGGACUCUUCCUACCAAAUCUACACCAGUUUACUCUCUGACGUUUUCAAGGAGGAAUCUGCUAUUUGGAGCCGGGGUUCUAUCUAAACACUCAUGAACAGAUUAGCUGAGAUAAUGAUACACAUUCGUAGAUAAGGUUAGAGGCUCUUCUAGUUUUGUAACAUUGACCGACGCGAGUGUUUGAUUUGUUUACGGUCUUAGGCAUAGGUUGGACGUAGCUGCUAGAAAGUGUUUCAGUUGGUGUUUAAAGUGGUAUGCUUCUUUUCCUGUGAUUCUUUUAUUUAAAAGUUGCUAAUUUUGUUCUUUUA